UUAUUUUUUUACUUUCAGGCCAAUCAUGUAUUUUGUUGUGGAGUUCCUUGACAACUCUGUUGGGAUUGUAAGCAACAGCUGGACUAAUGGUGACAAUUCGAUGACCUUCUGGCCACCUUAUGCAGAUCCAAAUAAAUUUUAAAAUGGCUCUAUUAACACAUGCAGUCCCUGGACCAGCGUGGACCACCCACACCAUCACAGUUUUGGGCACUGCAGAUGACUAUGAAAAGGCGAGAAAAAAGGCCAAAAUGGCAGAAACACAUUUAGCUGUCGCCAGUGAGCCUGAGGAGUUGGAGAGAUGCCAGCGUUCAAGACAACCAACGAAACGUUACAUCACCCUGCCUGAGCCUGGACCAAGUAGACCAUUGCCACCAGUUCCACCAGCAGCGAUGAACCUGACUCUUAUGAGCCCACCCCCACCACCUUCACCAGUGAGGCAGCCAUCAUUGUCCUCAUCAAGUUCACACUCAGGCCAAGCCCAUCACAUGGACACCCAGCUGUUGAGCCCACCUCAACUAGACCCCGAAGCCCCAUCAUCAUCCUCAAGAAAUCCAUCUGAACAAGUGGACAACCAACUUAGUCCACCCCUCCCUAUUUACCCACCUGCAAGGCAGCCAUCAUUAUCCUCAGGCCUUGAGAGAUAUUUGGUCUCUACGCUGGAGGAGAUUAAGGAUAGGCUGUCUGCAUUGGAGCGGACGGUGACAAUGUUGGCCAGAUCAGGCAGCAACAAACACGCAAAGCUGCCAGACAACUUGGAGCUACCUCUCCAGAACUUCCAGGACCUCAAUGGACUGGAGGAAAAACUGGAGGACAGCCCCUACCAAAAAGAAUUGGUCACCAAGAGUACAAGUCUGUAA